UAGGGACAGGUGCGCAUUGAGGACACAGCACGUUUCAUUAAGAGGGCUAAUAUUGGUUGUCGGUGUGGCGGAGUUUUUUUUCACGACAUUUUAUUUUGUGUCUAUUUUGUAAUGAUAUGGACUGUAAAGGACUGAAAACACGUGACCAAGCACCGAGUCAGAGGUCGCACUGAGUGUUUUGUAUUAGCAGCAGCAGUAGUUCAGUUCAGGCAGUGCUGAGCCUCAAGCCAUCCCACUGAGCUGCUCCCGUUUGCCCUGAAACACCGGAUUACUGCACGGACAGUGAACACGGGAAAGGUCUUUGUACCAACAAUGGACGGUAUGCUGCACAAUCUGUCAGUCUGUCAAAAAGAGUUUAUCAGUGUUUGUGUUCGGGAGCCGAGGCUUCUUAAAGAUGACCUCUGGCAAACGCACGUCGACUACGAGAUCUGUAUACAAACCAAUAGCAUGUGCUUUCGAAAGAAGACUUCCUAUGUUAGACGGUGUUACAGUGAGUUUGUUUGGCUGCGUCAUUGUCUGGAACAGAAUGCUCUAAUCAUGGAGUUACCCAAGUUGCCGCCCUGGAAUCCCUUCUUCAGCCUGAAGAACACAGAGCAGGUCACACAGAGGAUGAAGGGCUUCCAGGAGUUUUUAGAAAGUGUUCUUCACGCGCCUUUUUUGUUAUCGGACAGUCGACUCCAUCUGUUCCUCCAGUCAGACCUGAGCAUCACAAAGAUGGCAAGGUGUGCUCUUGGUAAGACCAGGUACACAGUGGCUGAAGCCAUUCAGCGAUCCAGCAGCGGUUGCAUCAGCAGAUUGGUGGACCAGGCCACCUGUGACUCUGACUGUGAAAGCACUUCUUCGUCAGGCUUGGGACUAAGCGUGGACACUGAAGUGCGAGGAAGCCCCAUCUCCUUCCUAGAGUUCUGACAGAGACCCAGAGCUGUUCAGCUGUCUUCAGAACUCCUUACCACUCAUUGCGCCCUGACACACAGCAGUUGUGCUUAAUUAACCGGUUUGUGAUACUACAUGACGCUAUUGCUUUCCCUAGUUAACUUCCAAAGAGUGAAAAAUGUUAUUUUACAUUUUUGUUAACUUUAUUAUUCCCCUUUGGAUAUUUGUUUUAAUAAUUUGCUUUAGUUUUCUCUUUAAAGCAUUAUCAUGGUAAUUUAAAUUGAUUUGCUUGAAAAAAAUGUUUUAAGAAAAUGUAGAGUAAACAUUUAAAAAUGGGGAUUUCUUAAAUAUUUACAAUGUGUAUAUAUUUUUAUCUUCCCUGAAACUGUACUGAUGUUAGCAAGGGAUGAACUUUAAAUUGUAGACUGGAUUUUUAGAAAAAUAUUUCAAUGCUUUUCUGAUUUGUAAAAGCAUGAAUAAAUUGUCAUUUUUGAAAUAUUA